AUGCAUUUCCGCACCUUGAACCCCGAGAUUGAGCCGUAUUGGACGCGUCUGCGUAUCCCGACUGAGCUGCAACAGUGGCCAGCCCAUUCAGGCUUAAUUCGUCGAGCCAGCGUCAACAGUUUUGGGUUCGAUGGAACGAACGCACACGCAGUCUUGGAGAGCUAUUCAAACAUUCAGCAGCGAAGCCCCAGACGCACUGACUCUCUCAUUAUGCCGUUUGUCUUCUCCGCACAGACUGAAUCGGCUCUGGCCGACGUGAUGGAAAUGGGGGAUAAGAUUCGGACCGGCAGUCAGUCUCCUGUCGUGAAGCCUGUCAAUAUCGGCCAAGCGCAGCCACGUGUGCUAGGCGUCUUUACCGGACAAAGAGCCCAGUGGCCCAUGAUGGGGUGUAAACUUAUCAGGAACUCCCCUUGGCUAGAGCGUCGCGUGAACGAGUUAAAAAACGCUUUAUCUCGUCUACCCGAGGAGGACCUUGGAGAAGCGCGUCUAUUCCAGCCCUUAUGCACCGCAGUCCAGAUCCUUCUGGUGAACUGCUUGAAAACAGCGGGGAUUGGGCUCUCCGCGGUUGUCGGUCACUCGUCUGGUGAGAUCAGAGCAGCAUAUGCCGCCGAGUGUAUCUCGGGCGAGGCGGCCAUGUGGAUCGCGUACUAUCGCGGAUUGCACACGGCGCAGGCAGGUGGCCGACAGGAAGAGCCGGAAGGUAUGCUUGCGGUCGGGACAUCUAUGGAAGACGCCCAAGAGCUGCGCGAGCUGCCUACCUUUGCCGGCAGACUGACGAUCGCUGCUAGCAACUCCGCGGCGAGCGUGACAAUGUCGGGCGAUAAGGAUGCUGUCAACCACGCACACCUUGUCUACCAGGACGAGAAAAAGUUCGCGCGCCCGUUGAUUGUCGACAAAGCCUAUCACUCUCAUCAUAUGCGCCCUUGUGCGGGUCCGUAUGGGAGCUCAUUGGAGGCCUUACAGAUCCAGGUGAAGGAGCCUCGCUGCUCCUGGUACUCGAGUGUGUAUGACGGGAAUCUGAUCACCUCCGCUCAAGGCCUCGAGGGACAAUAUUGGGUCCAGAACAUGUGCCGUCCGGUGUUAUUCUCACAGGCACUCACCAAGGCAGUCCAGCAGUCCGAUGAUUCUACAAUACGAAACUUUCAUGAUCCAAUGGAUUCUUAUCAUUUGGUCCUCGAGGUGGGUCCGCAUCCAGCGCUGAAGGGACCUGCAACUGCGACUAUUCAGGACGCACUCAAACGGGAGCUUCCCUAUACAGGGUUGCUGCAGCGCAAUUCCCAUGACACAAAAGCGUUUGCGGAUGCUAUGAGUUUCAUAUGGGCUCGGUUUGGACGUGGUGCACUGAAGCUUCCCACUCUGCAAGCGGCCUUUUCGGAUACCGAUGGAAGAUACCAGCUCGUACGAAACCUGCCGUCCUACCCGGGGAUAUUUACCAGAUGGGUGUUUUAG